ACAAAGGUCAGACGGUGCACAAUUACAAGGCUCCUGCAAGCUCCUCCUCAGCCCCUCUUUCUUCAUUCCGCGCCAGUGUUGAGUCGAGGUUGCUCACAAGCUUCUCGGAGUAAACCAUCACAGGACCCGCCUCGGCUCGCGGCAUCCUUGCAACGGCUCUAAAUCCGCCACCUCGUCCAUCGCAUUUAUUGCGACACUUCCAAGACCCUCCACUCCGCCCUACAGCCCAAAACUCGCCCAUUGAUACCCGCUGCAUCCGUUCUUCGACCUCGCAAAGGGCAAAUCUGCGCUAGUAAUCGCACGCACACUAUGUCUUUCUCCUCGCUCGUCUCAGAUAUUGCAUUCCGCAAAGACGCGGACCGCAGUGACGACAGGGACGACCGACGACCACAGGUUUCGAGCGGUCGUUCUAUGACCGGAGACAGCCGGCCAGGGCUCUCAAGCGGCCGUUCGUACGCCAGCACGGCAGCGACGAGCGUCAGUAUCACCGGAGACAUCAAGAGUCAGCUGCAUGGAGGAUACAGCCACCCUCUGGCCCGCUCAUGGCAGGCAGAGCGGCAAUUGACAAAGUCGAUGCUUAUCUUCCCUCUCUUCAUAUCCGACCAGCCCGACGAGGAGACCGUUAUUCCCGCCCUACCCAACCAACACCGCCGCGGCCUGAACAAGCUCGUCCCAUAUUUGAAACCGCUCGUGGAGAAGGGUCUGAGAUCCGUCAUCCUGUUCGGCGUGCCUCUUGCGCCGGGGGCGAAGGAUGCGUUAGGAACCAGCGCCGACGACCCCAAAGGUCCCGUAAUCAAGGCUAUUCGAUUGCUUCGACGUUCGUUCCCCGAUCUAUUCAUCGUCGCCGACGUCUGCCUUUGCGAAUACACCUCACACGGCCACUGUGGUAUCUUGCGGGAUGAUGGCAGUCUUAACAAUGCCUUGUCGGUGGACAGGAUCAGCGACGUCGCCAUGGCAUACGCCGAAGCAGGUGCACACUGCGUCGCUCCUUCCGAUAUGAACGACGGCCGUAUUCGAGCCAUCAAGCUUAAGUUGAUCGAGGCUGGGAUUGCGCACCAGGUCGUGCUGAUGUCAUACUCGGCCAAGUUCUCUGGCGUUCUAUACGGCCCGUUCCGCGAUGCUGCUGGCUCAUGCCCGUCGUUCGGCGACCGUAGAUGCUACCAGCUUCCCCCCGGCGGUCGUGGUCUCGCCCGACGAGCCAUUGUCCGUGACAUUAAUGAGGGCGCCGAUAUAAUCAUGGUGAAGCCCGCUAGCCAGUACCUUGAUAUCAUUAGCGAUGCGAAAGAGCUUGGUAAGGAUAUGCCUGUAGCUGCAUACCAGGUGUCGGGCGAAUACGCCAUGAUCCACGCAGCAGCGAAGGCCGGCGUGUUCGACCUCAGGGCAAUGGCUGAAGAGGCAACCCAGGGCAUUCUGCGAGCGGGUGCCUCUAUAGUCGUGAGCUACUUCACGCCCGAGUUCCUCGACUGGCUGAGCGAGAAUUAGCUCGUUUAUUUGAGAUACGUAGGUUUUCCGGAUGAGCAGCAUUUUCUUUUCCAAAAAGGUUCCCACAGCAUGGCGUUUCAUAUCACGGUCGAGUUUCUUUUGGUCAUCAACGGUCAUCAUGUUGGAUGCUUUGUUCACAUUUCAAGGACUGUCCUAUCACUAGAGCCAUAUCGGUAUAUGUGGUAUAUGAACUUGCAAUGUCUUACGAAAAGUUGGAUACACUUUCUCAGUAGUUUAGACGAAAUCACAC